AUGCCUCAAUCGGUAGAUCUAAGCGUCAAGUCGUCGACGCCUCCAGCACGACAAAAUCCGGGUGCAGCUUGCGAAGAAUGUCGUCGUCGCAAAGUCCGCUGUGACCGUCAGCAACCUUCAUGUGGUCUCUGUCUCUCAUCAGGUGUACCAUGCCAAGUCACAACGCCUCGCCCACCUCGAGGUCCUAAACGAGGCUAUCUAAAAGCAUUACAAGCUCGCAUUGCUACCCUUGAAGGAACUCUACUCCAACAGCAACAACAACAACAACAAAAUCAAAAUAACAACACUAAUACGAUCACCAUCUCCCCGGAAGAUACUACAAUUGAUGGUAUCACAUUUACAGAUCACCCACCGUUGACAUGGGAUUUCCCGAUUACGACUGACGACGACACAACUCUUCACGAUUUAUGCCAAGGAACAGCGCCCGGCACAGCAUCUGGCGGAUCUUCGUUAGACGGAGGCUCAGUCCACGCCUCGACGUCGCCCAUACAAGGAUUCGAAACUCCAUCCGACGGAGUGGGUUUUUCGGAUGUUGUUUUAGGCCGGAAGAUGUCAGAACUUUCAGAAGGGCUAGACGGUAUCAACAUCUCAAACUUAAUGCAGGCAGAUUUGGACCAGCUUUACUUCGACAGAGUUCAUUCAUUCUCGCCUGUUCUACAUCAACGGCGGUAUUUCACGUGGGCACGUAGCAUGGCUAAGACGGAAGCGCAAUCGUGUCUCCGGUAUGCUAUGUGGACCCUUGCCGCAUCCGUAUCGGCGCACUAUCAAAAUGUGGGAGAUUCUCUAUACCGUUAUACUCGACGAGCUCUCGAGAAUCUGGAGUCUAGAUGCAUGGGAAUUGCGAUGACUGAGAUGGAGCAGGUUCAGGCCUGGCUCCUCCUAGCUAUUCAUGAAUUCAUGUGUGUUGAUUUCAGCCGAGGCUGGGUAAGCGCUGGCCGCGCGUUCAGAUUGAUACAACUCAAUUGGCUUCAAUAUUCUGACGGGACGGAUGUUAACCUUACACAAACGGACUGGGUCGAUGCCGAGCAGAAGCGGAGGACAUUCUGGCUAGCCUACUGUCUAGAUCGAUUUGUUAGUGUUAGGAAUAACUCGCCAAUGACAUUCAGCGAACAGGUGAUGAACACAAUCCGCUUGCCGGCACCGGAAAUAGAUUUUCAAAACGAGCAGCCCACUUUAACAGGUUUCCUCUCAGAGGCAAUUGCUGCGAGAGAUGCUAUCGUCACAUCGACCUUCACUGAAAACAUCGUCGUGGCUACUGUCAUCGGGCGUGCCUUAUGUCACCGACAACAAUCUAUGGUGGAUAAUAUCUAUCUCAACGAAUCACGGGAUUUCUGGGACCGGCACGAAUGGAUUAACGCUAUCCUUAUCCAGCGGAUGGAAGUGUUCUCGUUAAACUACCCCACCGCCGUGCAGGAGGCGGACCCGAUGGUACUUUUUAUCAGCAUGAUGUGGCGAACGACGGUUCUCUACAUGUACCAACUCAUGAAAUCGGUGAUCCACCCCACGGAGGAGAAGAGAUCAAUCUUGGCAGACUAUACGAGGCAAUCGACGAUAGCCGCUAAAGAGAUCGUGAAUCUGACUAAUAAAUUAUCUCAAUUAAAUUCCUUCAAGGUGCAUCCUCUUACACCGAUACCAUUAUCUCUAUGCGCGGAUUUCUUCGUUUCUUAUCACGAAUUAGGAGACACAUAUACCAAACAGCUCCAAGAGAUCACUGAAGCCAUGCAUGGUUUAAUGAGUUUUAGUAAUCUUAGUAAUGUUGGGCCGGGGCUCGGAGCCUACUCCAGGUAG